AUGGCCGAGUACGUCAACAUUGUCCGAAGGGCUUUGGGACAAAUAGGAGGUCACGGCGGGGUCCGGGGCUUUCUUCUACAACUCUUGAGGGUAAACGAUGUGAAGACGGGCGCCCUGAUCGGUGUAGACAAAUAUGGCAACAAAUACUACGAGGACAAGAAGCACUACUUCUUUGGUCGACAUCGCUGGGUCAUCUACACCACGGAGAUGAAUGGGAAGAAGACUUUGUGGGAGGUGGACGGCAGCAUGGUGCCCGCAGAAUGGCACCGCUGGCUCCACUGCAUGACGGACGACCCCCCCACGACCCACCCGCCCGAACCCAAGAAGUUCUUGGCCGAGGUGCACCAGUUCAACGUGAGCGGCACCCCGCAGCAGUACGUGCCCUACCCCACCACGCGCAAGAAGAUCCACGAGUGGGUGCCCCCCAAAGCCCAGUGA